GGGUGGGAGGAGACGUUUCCCGUUCACACUAAAGUUUCCCUGGCGGCGCCCAGACCUGGGCUCAGCCACUGCCCCUCUUGCCCAUGGAACCAGCUCUGGGGCUUGGGGUCCAGAAGGACCAGGGCUACCUGCAGCAGUGGCUGAAGGCCUUUGUAGGCGCCUUCGAGAAGAGCAUCUCGCUGUCCUCCUUGGAGCCACGGAGGCCAGAGGAGGCAGGUGCAGAAGUACCGCUGCUGCCACUGGAUGCACUGCACGUUCUGGCCGAGCAACUGCACAAGGCGGACCUGGAGCAAGCCCUGCUGCUGCUCAAGCUCUUCAUCAUUCUUUGCAGGAACCUGGAGAAUGUAGAGGCAGAGCGGGGCCAGGUGCUAGUGCCCCGGGUGCUGGCACUGUUGACUGGGGUGGUGGCCGAGCUGAAAGGACACCUGCCACCACAGGAAGGCAAUGGGUCACAGCUGGAGAAUGUGGCCCUACAUGCCCUGCUUCUCUGUGAGGGCCUUUUUGACCCCUACCAGACCUGGCGGCGCCAGCACAGUGGGGAAGUCAUCAGCUCCAAGGAGAAGAGCAAGUACAAGUUCCCUCCUGCUGCUUUGUCCUGUGAAUUCAGCGCCUUCUUCAGAGAAAGUCUGCAGGAUGCAGAUCGCUUGCCUCCCAUGCUGCUGUUGCGUCUCAUUCACCUCUUUGGCGCUGUCCUUGCAGGAGGAAAGGAGAAUGGGCAGAUGGCUCUGAGUGAUGGCUCUGUUCAGGGCCUGCUGGGUGUGGUGCAGGGCUGGGGCCGUGGGCCAGCCCAGGACUCCCGCCUGGUGCCGUUGGCGCUGGAGGCACUGGUGGGUGCAGUCCAUGUCCUACAUGCCAGCCGUGCACCCCCCCGGGGUCCGGAGCUUCGUGCCCUGCUUGAGAGCUACUUCCGUGUCCUCAAUGCCGACUGUCCGGCUGGUCCAAGCUCAGGCCCUGAAGAGGCUCUUGUCACCCUGCGGGUCAGCAUGCUCGACGCCAUCCCUAUGAUGCUGGCAUGUGAGGACCGGCCAGUGCUACAAGCCACCUUCCUCAGCAACAAUUGCUUUGAACAUCUCACUCGCCUCAUCCAGAACAGCAAGGUCCUGGACCAAGACACAGAUGCCAUUGCUGUCCAUGUAGUCAGAGUGUUGACCUGCAUCAUGAGUGGCUCCCCCUCGGCCAAGGAGGUGUUCAAGGAGCGAAUUGGCUACCCUCACCUGCAGGAGGUUCUGCAGAGCCAUGGUCCCCCCACCCAUCGGCUGUUGCAAGAGCUGCUCAACAUGGCUGUGGAGGGUGACCACAGCAUGUGUCCCCCUCCACCAAUCUGCAACGAGCAGCCGGUGCUGGUGCUGAUGCAGUGGCUGCCAGCAUUGCCCACGGCCAAGCUGCGGCUCUUUCUAGCACAACGCCUCUGGUGGGUCUGUGACAGCUGCCCUGCCAGCCGUACCACCUGUGUGCAGGCGGGCCUGGUGGGCUGCCUGUUGGAGACACUUAGCACGGGGCUAUCCCUGGGGGCUCGUUGCCAAGAGCAGCUGCUGGCACUGCUGCAAGCACUGGGCCGUGUGUCACUAAGACCCUUGGAGCUGCGUCGCCUGCUGUGCCCCCCACCAGGGCUGGACCCGGGGCCAGGUGGAGCUGAGGAUGGGAAGGCCCGACACGCAGGCGCCAUCAUUCGUGCAUUGUCAGGCAUGGCCAGGCACCAGGGCUCUGCACGCGCCCUGUGCUACUUUGACCUCACCCCCAGCAUGGCGGGCAUCAUGGUACCCCCUGUGCAGCGAUGGCCAGGACCUGGCUUCACCUUCCACGCCUGGCUCUGUCUGCACCCCCUGGAUGCAGCACCUGCCCCAGCCCCCACCCGGCCACUCCAGCGAAAGCAACUGUACAGCUUCUUCACCAGCAGUGGCUCAGGGUUUGAGGCCUUCUUCACGGCAGCUGGGACCCUGGUGGUAGCUGUGUGUACACGGAAGGAGUACUUGACCAUGAGCUUGCCUGAGGUGUCCUUUGCCGACUCUGCCUGGCACUGUGUGGCUAUAGUCCAUGUGCCUGGACGCCGGCCCUUCAGCCAGAAUCUGGUCCAUGUCUACAAAGACGGCCAUCUUGUCAAGACUGCACCCCUUCGCUGCCCCUCCCUCAGUGAGCCUUUCUCCUCCUGCUGUAUCGGCUCUGCUGGGCACCGCACAACGACCACUACUACGGGGCUGCCCAUGCCACCAGUCCCUGCUGCCCUGGCUCACACACACCCUUCCCUCACCCGCUCCCAGUCAGUGCCGGCGUCCACAGGGCUUGGCUGGGCAUCUGGGCUGGUGGCCCCCCUGCAGGAGGGCAGCAUCAGCUCCACCCUUGCAGGCACCCAGGACACUCGGUGGGGCAGCCCUACAUCCCUGGAGGGCGAGUUGGGGGCUGUGGCCAUCUUUCACGAAGCCCUGCAGGCAACAGCUCUGAGGACCCUGUGCACCCUGGGGCCCAAUGAGAUGGCACCUUUCAAGCCUGAGGGUGAACUGCAUGAACUCAGCACCAAGCUGCUCCUCCAUUACUCACCUCAGGCCUAUAAGAACAACAUCUGCCUGGACCUAUCCCCCAGCCGUGCGUUCGAUGGCCGCCUGACGGGCCACAGGGUGGAGACCUGGGACGUGAAGGAUGUGGUGAACUGUGUGGGGGGCAUGGGUGCCCUGCUGCCACUGCUGGAGCAAGUGGCUGCACAGCCCCAAGAGGCCGAGGCAGGUCCAGCGGAAACAUAUGACCUCGUGGGACCUGAACUGACCUCUGGUCAUAAUACCCAGGGCCUGCUUCUCCCACUGGGGAAGUCUUCGGAGGAACGGAUGGAGAGGAACGCAGUGGCUGCUUUUCUGCUGAUGCUGCGGAACUUUCUGCAGGGCCACGUGGUGAACCAGGAGAGCCUGGUGCAGUGCCAGGGACCUGCUAUCAUUGGGGCCCUCCUGCGAAAGGUCCCCAGCUGGGCCAUGGACAUGAACGUGCUCAUGUCUGCCCAGCUGCUGAUGGAGCAGGUGGCAGCUGAAAGCAGCUGGCCCCUCCUGUACCUGCUCUACCAGCAUUUGCUCUUCAACUUUCACCUCUGGACCCUCAGCGACUUUGCUGUACGCCUCGGCCACAUUCAGUACAUGUCUAGUAUAGUUCGUGAGCACAGACAGAAGUUGCGGAAGAAGUACGGGGUCCAAUUCAUCCUGGAUGCUCUGCGUAUCCACUACAGCCCACAGCGGGAGCGCCCCCUGGCUGCUGACGACCUACGCACGGUACAGACGUCCCUCCUGGGCCUGGCACGGGAGUUCCUCGUUCGGAGUCUCUCAGCUGAUGACAUCCAAGUCAUGCAGGUCAUGCUGAGCUUUUUGGCGGCCACGGGUGAUGAUAGCCAGGUGGUGGGUGCCCUGGACCUGCUGCUGGCGCUGCUGCAGGGCUCCUCAGCACAGGAGUCCUUGGCUGUCUUUCUUUUGGAGCCGGGGAACCUCGAAGUGCUGCUAGCACUGCUGGUGCGGCCACAGUCACAGUCCCUGCUGCCUGACAGAGUCUGCAAGAUCCUGCGCAGGCUGCAGCAGAAUGAGCGAGUACCUGAGCGGAGUCGCCAGCGACUGCGGCUGCGGGAGUGUGGCCUCCAGGGACUGGUUGCCUGCCUGCCUGAGGGGACUGUUUCUCUCCAGCUCUGCCAGGGCCUCUACAAGCUGUUCCUGGGGGCAGAUUGCCUGAAUCUCUCAGAUCUGCUGGCUGUGGUACAGCUGUCCCUCCAGGCUGACCUCAGCGUUCGCCUGGACAUCUGUCGCCAGCUCUUCCACCUCAUCUACAGACAGCCAGACAUAGUACGGCUGCUGGCCCGACAGGCUGGCUGGCAGGAUGUGCUGACCCGUCUGUAUGUCCUGGAGGCUGCCACCGCUGGAGGACCCUCACCCUAUCCCCCAGAGCCACCCAACUCCCCAGAGUCAGCACUGCCCAAGCCACCCACUGAGUCACCUGCCGAGUCUUCAGAUGUCUUCCUGCCCUCAGAGGCCCCCUGCCCUGACCCUGAUGGCUUUUACCACGCUCUCUCCCCAUUCUGCACUCCCUUUGAUCUGGGCCUGGAACGGGCCAGCGUGGGUUCGGGCAACACUGCUGGUGGUGGUGGCAGCAGUGGGACUCUCACUCCAGCUAGCCAGCCUGGCACACCUUCCCCACUUGAUGGGCCACGGCCUUUCCCUACUGCCCAUGGCCACCACAGCUCCAGUCUCUCCAAUGUGCUAGAAGAUGGCAGCCUUCCAGAGCCCACUGUUAGUGGGGAUGAUGCCUCUAACACCAGCAACCCUCAGCAAACUUCUGAGGAAGAGUUGUGCAACCUACUCACCAACGUGCUGUUCUCUGUGACCUGGCGGGGCGUGGAAGGCAGUGAUGAGGCUGCAUGGCGGGAGCGUGGCCAGGUCUUCUCAGUGCUCACCCAGCUGGGGGCCUCGGCCACCCUUGUGCGCCCACCAGACUGCAUCAAGCGCAGCCUCCUGGAGAUGAUGCUGGAGUCAGCCCUGACUGACAUUAAGGAAGCUCCCGCGGGGGUCCUAGCCAGCCUCACCCAGCAGGCGCUUUGGCUGCUGCGCCUGCUGCAGGACUUCCUGUGUGCUGAGGGCCAUGGUAACCAGGAGCUGUGGAGUGAGAAGCUCUUUGAAGGUGUGUGCAGCCUGCUUGAUCGCCUGGGAGCCUGGCCGCAUCUGGCCAAUGGCACAACUGAUCUCCGUGAGAUGGCACAGAUUGGCCUUCGUCUUGUGCUUGGCUACAUCCUACUGGAAGACCCACAGUUGCAUGCCCAAGCCUAUGUGAAGUUACACAUGCUGCUGCAGACUGCAGUGCCACCCCGCCGCGAAGAGGCCUGCUAUGUGCUCUCCAAGCUGGAGGCUGCACUGGGGCGAGCGCUGAACACCUCUUCCUCCCAGUCGGCCACUGAUGAUGCGGCGUCCGCACCUGCAGCCACAGCCGCUACAGAGCGCUGCUCGUGGCUGGUGCCGCUGGUGCGUACGCUGCUGGACCGUGCGUAUGGGCCGCUGGGGCUGCAGUGGGGACUGCCCUCCCUGCCGCCCACCAACGGCAGCCCCACCUUCUUCGAGGACUUCCAGGCUUUUUGUGCCACACCCGAAUGGCGCCACUUCAUCGACAAACAGGUGCAACCCACCAUGUCCCAGUUCGAGAUGGACACAUACGCUAAAAGUCACGACCUCAUGUCAGGCUUCUGGAAUGCCUGCUAUGACACACUCAUGAGCAGUGGACAGCGGCGCCAACGCGAGCGUGCGCAUAGUCGCCGGGCCUUCCAGCUGGUGCUGGAAACUGCACAGCGGCGGGCGCGCCUUGAGGGGCUGCGCUAUGCAGCGGCGCUGAAGCAGCAGGCAGCACAGCACUCAACCGCCUUGCUGCACUGGGGGGCGCUGUGGCGCCAGCUCUCCAGCCCCUGCGGGGCCUGGGCACUGAGGGACCCUCCCACCCCACGCUGGAAACUGUCCAGUGCCGAGACAUACUCGCGCAUGCGUCUGAAGCUGGUGCCCAACCAUCACUUUGACCCUCACCUAGAAGCCAGUGCCCUCCGCGACAACCUGGGUGAGGUUCCCCUCACACCCACCGAGGAGGCCUCGCUGCCUCUGGCAGUGACCAAAGAGGCCAAAGUAAGCACCCCACCAGAGGAGCUGCAGGAGGACCCGCUAGGGGAGGACGACCUGGCUGCACUGGAGACUGCGAUGGAGGCUGCAGAACUGGAUGAGCAGCAUGAGAAGCUGGUGCUGUCUGCUGAGUGCCAGUUGGUGACAGUAGUGGCCGUGGUCCCGGGGCUGCUGGAGAUCACCACACAGCAUGUGUACUUCUACGAUGGCAGCACUGAGCGCGUGGAAACCGAAGAGGGCAUCGGCCAUGACUUCCGGCGCCCACUGGCCCAGCUGCGUGAGGUCCACUUGCGGCGUUUCAACCUGCGCCGUUCGGCACUUGAGCUCUUCUUCAUUGAUCAGGCCAACUACUUCCUCAACUUCCCAUGCAAGGUGGGCGGGACCACAGCCUCAUCACCUGUCCAGGCUCCCAGGCCCCAACCCUCUUCCAUCUCACCCGAUACCCAGGUACGGAACAAGGCAUACUCGUGGCUUCUGCGCCUGAGGCCCCCCACUCAAAGCUACCUAAGCAGCCACUCACCCCAGGAGAUGCUUCAUGCCUCAGGCCUUACCCAGAAAUGGGUACAGCGUGAGAUAUCCAACUUUGAGUACUUGAUGCAACUCAACACCAUUGCGGGGCGGACCUACAAUGACCUGUCUCAGUAUCCUGUGUUCCCCUGGGUCCUGCAGGACUAUGUGUCCCCAACUCUGGACCUCAGCAACCCGGCCGUCUUCCGGGACCUGUCCAAGCCCAUCGGUGUGGUGAACCCUAAGCAUGCCCAGCUCGUGAGGGAGAAGUAUGAGAGCUUCGAGGACCCGGCGGGCACCAUUGACAAGUUCCACUAUGGCACCCACUACUCCAACGCAGCGGGCGUAAUGCACUACCUCAUCCGCAUGGAGCCCUUCACCUCCCUGCACGUCCAGCUGCAGAGUGGCCGCUUUGACUGCUCUGACCGGCAGUUCCACUCAGUGGCAGCAGCCUGGCAGGCACGCCUGGAGAGCCUUGCUGAUGUGAAGGAGCUCAUCCCAGAGUUCUUCUACUUCCCUGACUUCCUAGAGAACCAGAACGGCUUUGACCUGGGCUCCCUCCAGCUGACCAAUGAGAAGGUGGGCGACGUGGUACUGCCCCCAUGGGCCAGCUCUCCUGAGGACUUCAUCCAGCAGCACCGCCAGGCUCUGGAGUCAGAGUAUGUGUCUGCCCACCUGCAUGAGUGGAUCGACCUCAUUUUUGGUUACAAGCAGCGGGGGUCAGCAGCCGUGGAGGCCCUCAAUGUCUUCUACUACUGCAGUUAUGAGGGGGCUGUGGACCUGGACCAUGUGACAGAAGAGCGGGAACGGAAGGCUCUGGAGGGCAUGAUAAGCAACUUUGGACAGACUCCCUGUCAGCUGCUGAAGGAGCCACAUCCGGCCCGGCUCUCAGCUGAGAAAGCAGCCCAUCGCUUUGCUCGUCUGGACACUAACUCACCUAGUAUCUUCCAGCACCUGGACCAGCUCAAGGCUUUCUUUGCUGAGGUUGUCAGUGAUGGUGUACCCCUGGUGCUAGCCCUGGUGCCACACCGGCAACCCCAUUCUUUCAUCACCCAGGGCUCCCCAGACCUGUUGGUGACCGUGAGUGCCAGUGGGCUGCUGGGCACCCACAACUGGUUACCCUAUGACCGCAACAUAAGCAACUACUUCAGCUUCAGCAAAGACCCCACCAUGGGCAGCCCCAAGAUGCAACGACUGCUGAGUGGCCCAUGGGUACCAGGCAGUGGUGUGAGUGGGCAAGCACUGGCAGUGGCCCCUGAUGGAAAGCUGCUGUUCAGCGGUGGCCACUGGGAUGGCAGCCUGCGAGUGACCACACUACCCCGGGGCAAGCUGUUGAACCAACUCAGCCGCCACCUUGAUGUAGUGACCUGCCUUGGACUGGACACCUGUGGCAUCUACCUCAUCUCAGGCUCCCGAGACACCACAUGCAUGGUGUGGCGGCUUCUGCAGCAGGUGUGCCUGGCGGGCAGCCCCGUGCCAUCCCCGUAGCUUGGACCUCCAGCCCAUUCACCCCUCAGUGAACUUCUAGUCCUACCCUCCU